CCUGGACUUACGGAUUGAAGUUAUAUGUAAAGGACCCUGGAGCUUGUUUCACUGCUGUUUUCUGUUCAGGAGUUGAUGCAUGUAAAACAAUUGUAGAUUGACGAGGGAGACAACUUGGUUGGUACGGCUGCAAAACAUGAAUUCAGAUGAAAGUGCAAUGUCUCAUGCCAAACCUGAUGUCACUCUGACUGGGACUGCUAAGACAUGUUUAAUCGGACCACCACUUGGUUUGGUUGACAUAGGCAGUAGUGAAAAUGCAUACCUUUUUCGUGUUGCGCUUCCUGGUGUAAGGCAUAAAUGUAAUAUCAAAUUUGACAUACAGAAAGAUGGGAGAGUCCGGAUCGAAGGUGCGAUUACAGAGAGUGAGGCUUUGAAAAACUCACCCAAGGGUUAUGAGAUGAAAGUUCAGCAGCUUCCGUCCCCUGGGCCCUUUACCAUAUCGUUCAAUUUGCCAGGACCUGUUGAUCCCAGAUUAUGUUCCCCCCAUUUUAGAUCAGAUGGCAUUUUGGAAGCCAUUGUAAUGAAAUAUCAGAUACCUUUGGUUUCAGCUGAAGGUUUGCCUGAGAAUUGGUACAAUGGCUCUUUCCCAGCUCCUUGAGUUCUAGUUCGUCCACAUUCCCCUAAGACACAAGGGAAUUUGUUUGGUUCACAACUUUUGUAAUGAAUAUAGCACACCAUCAGGAACAACUUCUCAACUUCUAGGUAGCCAUACCUGUACAAGAAGGGAUUUUGCAUUAUAUGUUUCCUUGGAGAUUUUGGCAAUGUUGACUUGAUUUUGAACCAAGUGUGUACUUUUAUGGAACAAAAACUUGGAGUAUUGAGAUCUAUUCCAUCUUUAUUAUGGUCUA